AUGGCCCCCACCAAGAAGUCCAAGGCGACCAAGUCCUCCGAGUCCAUCGCCUCCCGUCUUGCUCUCGUUGUCAAGUCGGGCAAGUACUCCCUCGGCUACAAGUCCGCCCUCAAGCAGAUGCGCAACGGCAAGGCCAAGCUUGUCCUAAUUGCCGGCAACUGUCCCCCCCUUCGCAAGUCUGAGCUUGAGUACUACGCCAUGCUCUCAAAAACUUCGGUCCACCACUUCGCGGGAACCAAUGUUGCUCUCGGUACCGCUGCCGGCAAACUCUUCCGUGUUGGUGUCAUGACCGUCUCCGACCCUGGUGACAGCGAUCUCCUGACCGUCGCUGAGGGCGCGGCGGCAUAA